AUGAUGGACAUGCAAGUGAGAAAAGUGAGGAAGCCGCCUGCCUGCACCCAGUGCAGGAAGAGAAAGAUCGGGUGCGACAGGGCAAAACCAAUAUGUGGGAAUUGUGUCAAAUAUAACAAACCGGACUGCUUCUAUCCAGAUGGACCCGGUAAGAUGGUUGCUGUGCCCUCUGCAUCUGGAAUGUCCACGCACGGCAAUGGCCUAGGUGCCAACCAUUUCAAUCAGGGAAACGGUGUAAAUCAGAAAAACGUGAUGAUUCAAACGCAGUAUCCGAUAAUGCAAACGUCGAUGGAAGCUUCCAGCUUCUCAUUUAACCCCUCUGUGGAUACCGCAAUGCAGUGGAACAAAGCUGCUAGCUAUCAAAAUAACAAUACCAAUAAUAACACUGCUCCUCGUCAGAAUAGUAGUAACAUUAAUGGUACUGCUCAUGGCAACACUAUUGUGAGGAGUGAUAGUCCCGAUGUACCCUCCAUGGAUCAAAUCAGAGAAUACAACACGCGAUUGCAACUGGUUAAUGCGCAAGGCUUUGACUAUACGGGUCACACCUACUCUUACAAUAUUGGUAUGAACCAGGAUUCGGCAGUUUUCGAUUUGAUGACUUCUCCAUUUACUCAAGAGGAAGUACUGGUCAAAGAAAUAGACUUUUUGAAAAACAAAUUGGUAGAUUUACAAAACUUACAACUGAAAAGCUUUAAAGAAAGGUCGAAUUCAAAUGCCGGUAGUUCCACCACUAACAAAAGUGGCAAGACAAGUGACAACGCUAAAAAAAGUAAGAUUGGUGGUAAAAGAACUGAGUUUGAACAUCCAAAUUCUGAACCCUCCACGUCUUUACAAAAAUGCUUUACAGCCUUAGCAUUGACAGACGUUCAAAGUUUAGUUCAGGUGAAACCUUUGAGGGAUACUCCUAACUAUCUUUUCACCAAAAACUUCAUUAUCUUGAGAGAUCAUUACCUUUUCAAGUUCUAUAAUAUUUUGCACGAUAUCUGCCAUAUCAACCAGUUCAAAAUUAAUCCCAAUGUCGAUAAUAGUCACCAGGAAUUUACCGAAGUUGGCAAGGUGAACUUUCCAUCAAAAGCAGCAAUUAUUGAUAUGUUAAACUCUGAAAUGGUCGGGAAUCUCAAUAUUGAAGAGUUUUUGCCAAUCUUAGACAAGACCAACUUACUGGAAUUUGUUAAUGAAUCUUUUCCAAAUGGCGAGUCCUGUUCUUCCUUCACAACUAAUAACCUUCCUUUAUCCCAACUGACUAAAUUAGGUCAGUUGACUGUGCUGUUGUUACUUUUGAACGAUUCAAUUACUUUAUUCAAUAGGCAGGCCAUUAAUGUUGACGUCUUGAAAUUACUAAACAAUUUGAGGUUGAUUCGGAGCCAAAUAACAUUGAUAGAUCUUGAAUCUUAUGAUCAAGAGACAAUCAAAUUCAUCGCAAUUACAAAGUUUUAUGAAUCUUUGUAUAUGCAUGAUGAUCAAAAAUCUAACUUGGACGAAGACCUGAAUUGUCUGUUAAGCUUUCAGAUAAAUGAUUUUAAAUUAUUUCAUUUUUUAAAAAAAAUGUACUACUCAAGACAUUCACUUCUAGGUCAAUCUUCAUUCAUGGUAUCCACUACUGAAAACUUAUCCCCAAUACCUUCUUCCAUUGAUACAAAUGAAAUUCCUUCAAUUGCUAACGAUUUAGAAUUAUUGGAAACACAAACAAAAUUGAUAAAUGCUCUGCAAGAUAUUCCUUUCUAUUUGCCAGUAGAUUUGGCUCAAGUUGAAAGUUUAUUAGAAACACUAACUACCGGUGUCAGUAAAUUAUUGGGCUCAUAUGAAAAUGAUAACGAAGUCGGUAGAGAGUGGAAAGAUACUUUGAAUUUUUUUAAUACCAUUGCGUAUACAAAUUUUUUCUUUUUUAUUCAAAACGAAUCAUCAUUAUCCAUGGGAGUUCAACAUUCUCUUCACAACGAUAAGGCAUCAAGUUCUGGAAAGUGCGCAAAGAAUCUGAUGAAAAUUAUUUCUACUAUGCGAAUUUUUUAUUCAGUGUCAUUUAAUUUCAUUUUUCCAAUUAAGUCGAUAAGAUCGUUUUCAAGUAUCGAAAAUCAUUUCAAUUCCAGUGGUAAUGAGUUUUUAUUCACACACCAAUUUAUUCAAAUCUUACAGAAUUUCAUAAUGAUAACAUUUGCUAUUUUCCAACGUUGUGAAGUGAUAUUAUAUGAUGAGUUUUAUAAGAACCUUUCGAACGAAGAAAUUAACGUUCAAUUACUUUUGAUUCAUGAUAAAAUUUUGGAAAUUUUGAAAAAACUAGAGAUUAUCAUAUCUUUUUUACGAAAUGAGAUGAAUAACAACGAUAACUUUCAACCUAACAAAAGUUUCAACAAAGCUUUGAAUCUGGUCAAAUACAUGUUGAGAUUCAGCAAGAAAAAACAAAAUUUUGCGAGGAACUCGGAUAAUAAUAAUGCCACAGAUUAUAGUCAGUCAGUGAAAAAUAAAAACGUACUCUUGAAGUUCCCUGUCAGUGAACUAAACAAAAUAUAUUUGAAAUUCAAGGAAAUUUCAGAUUUCUUAAUGGAAAGGGAAAUUUUCCAAAAGAAUAUAAUAAUUGACAAGGAACUAGAAUCAGAUAAUCUAGGUAUUACUACGGCAAACUUCAAUGAUUUCUAUGAUGCAUUUUAUAAUUAG